AUGGAUAAAGUACAUUCAACUCAACAACAAGUUGACCAAGUUGCAGGUGUUAUGCACAAUGCAAUCGGUACAAUGAUCGAUAAUCAAACCAAGGUAUCAGAGUUGCAACAAAAGAGUGAAAAUAUGAAAGAGGGUGCUGCUCAAUUCAAGAAAAAGACAAAUGAAGUAAAGAGAUUGAUGUGGUGCAGAAAUAUGAAGAUAACACUUAUUAUUGCAUUGGUUGUUUUAAUUAUUUUGGCUAUUAUCAUUAUCCCAAUUGUAUUAAAAUUUACAUAA